AUGACAGCCGGCCUGGACGCGCCUGCGUGGCGCAGCGCCGCCUCGAGGGCCGCCGGCGUUUCCUCCUCCCGGCGCUUCGCGCUGCCGCUUCUUCUCUGCUCCGUCGCUCUGCUGGCUUUCUCUGUCUCUUCUCCCAGCAACGUUUCCCCGAGUCCGGCGCCGAGCUUCGCCUUGGCCGCGGCUGACGAGGAUGCGCCUGCCGACGCAGGAACUGAGCAAGUCGCCAGCGAACGCGAGAGGAAAGCGUCGGAGCCGAGUUCCUCCAGCGAGGUCGCCCCCUUGAAGGCCUCGUCCAAGAAGGCGAGCAAACAGACGAAGAAGGGGAAGAAGACAACCAAGAAGAAGCGCACCUCUCGGUCUUCGAAAUCUUCAGAGAGUCCGGAGGACACGGGAUCAGCGGCGGCCGAGAGGUCCGGCAGGAGAACGACGUCGCGCGGAUCUCGCCAAGGCAGAGAGUCGGCGCACGAGUCCCGUUCUUCGGGCGAGUUGCCGUCGACUGCGUCCAAGAGCAGUUCCGACCGAGUCCCCAAAAAGACCACAAAGAAAACCAAGCGCGACUCCAAGUCCCGCAGGAAAAGGGGAAAAAAGACGUCGAAGACGAGGAGGAGGAAGAAGAAAUCCACAAAACGUUCGGCCGACGACGCCUCCAAAACCUCGCGCGCCUCGACGGAAACGUCCAAGCCGGAGCGCGAGCUUCUGGUCGCGAGCGGGAUUCCGACCCCAGAGGCUGCUCCGUCGUUUUCGCAGGAACCGUCCACCUCGGUCCCGUUCCCCCAGGCGCCGACGCUCGAGAUUCCAGAAACCAUCGAGCCUCAGCUGGUCCUUCCGACCCUGUCGGACACCUUUCCAGACAGCGACCGCGCUCCGACGGACGCGCUGCACUACGGCACGGCGAGCGCGAACGCUCUCGCGAAGGCGGAGACUCUCAAAGCAACUCAUGGAGCCGCGCCGAACACGUUGCACGUGGCCGAUAUCCUGUCCACGGGUUUGGACCUCCCGUCGCGCUCGUCCUUCUUCAGGGGUUCCGGCUCCGCACCGCAAACUGACGCGCACGAGGCGCGCUACUCAUCCUUCGCAGCGGCAGGCAACCCGGCGCAGUACAGCCCUGGCGAAGGCCCGCAUGAAGGCGCCUACCAGAGGCACACAACAGGUGAGGAGACGGAGGGGAAAGUCGAGAACGCGGGGGAAGAGCCCGCGGACUUGCACGGUGGCGCGCAGCUGCCGGGCGAAAGACAGCUCGGUGAAGCAAACCCGCAGUUGGGCGGGGCCGCGACGGAGAGACUGGACGAGUUGAAGGACAUGGAGGCGGCUGCAGGCGCGAUGCGGCCGUUCGAGGGCGAGUGGCGUUCGACGACCGACGCAGGCGAACUCGACAAUGAGGGCGGCGGGCUAAGACGCCGCGACGCAGAGACGCAGUGGGACGAGUCGACGCGCAUGUCGGAGAACUCCAUGUACAGGAAGAGUCUGUCGCAGGGUUCCGUCUCUGCGUUCGCCCCCCUCUCGUCUUCGCAGCGCCCGAGGCACCGCCUCAGCAGACGCGGGGCAUCCGGCGAAGAAGACGUCGUGAUUCUCCAGAACGACCGCAGCCAGUGGGGCGACGGCGAGGCGGGGAUGUCCAGCGACGGGUCGACGGUCUACGAUCCCGAGGGCCGCUACCGCGGGUUCGCGAGGCGCCAGGCAGGCAGCGUGACGGCAGAGACUGAGAGUUUUUCUGCGCCACGACGGCGCGGCUUCUUCGACCGGCCUGUGCGCGGCCCCUUCGGGCCCGCGUUCAGCGAGUUCGACGCCGAGAACAACGUGGAUGUCGCCGAGUUCGGCGACGCAGCUGGCGACGUGGACGAGAGCCUCCGGCUGUCCAUCUCGGCGACCGCACGCCCAGACGCGGGCGACAGAGACCCAGCACGCAGGCGAGGCCGCAGCGAGUGGAGCGGCGAGGAGCGGCCGCGUCGUAGACGCAAGAGCGGCAAGGGCAUGUGGGACGCGGGCUCGGAAGCCAGCGGGGGUUCGAACGCGGAGGCGGAAGACAUGCUUCGGCUGGACCGCCGAGCGGCCUCGCCGCGGGGCCAGGACGCGGUCGUUUCUGAGCAGCUGGCGGAGGCGGCGCGUGGAGCAGGCAAACCGGGCGAGAACCCUUCGGCGCGCGACCGGGAUGCUGCGCCGGGGCUCACGCGUCGGUUCGACCGCGUGGCGCAAGAAGUUGAGAAGCGCAGGGCGUUGGAGGCGAUGAGUGCCAGGUUGACCUUCGAGGACCGAGGCGGCUACCGCAGCGGCGGCCACGCCUGGCUCGUCCCGGGGCCGCCGGUGGUUGUCCCUGCGGGGCCCUGGCCGCGUCGCGGGCUGCUGUUCCCGGAGCCCGCGGCGCUGCUGGAGAACGCGCGAGCCGUGCAGCUGUUGGGGGGCGCGGCGCGAGAAGUCGCGUUCGCCAGGGAGGCGCCGACGAUCGACGUUGACAACCGCGUCCACAAGACCGGCCAGGUCGUCUCCUCGUUUGAGCGACUCUUCCCGCACGGCUCCAUGUUCACGCUCCAGCCCACGCGCGGCCAGCCGUUCGAGCCAAAGACUCUGAAGCGGGGCAGAUUCCUCAAGUACGGCGGCGGGACGCUGCUCUUUGAAGUUUGGGAGGGCCGCAAACGCUGGGGCCUCCGGCUGCAUCUGACGCAGCUGAGUGAGCGGGAGCGGGCCGGCCUCGUCUCGCGGUUCCCCGCAGAGCGCUUGGCGGGCGACGGAGUCGGCGCGUGGCAGCGAACGGUGCACGGCGUCUGCGCAGAGGCCCAGGAGCUGGAGCUGCACGCGGGGAGGAUUCUUCUGGCCGAGAACGAGCGCGUGCCGGACCUCUUCUUCACGGAGCGCAUCGCGCUGCCGAUCGCGGUCGGCGAAGUCUCGUCGCUGCCCAAGGUGACGCUGAUCCGCGGCGACGAGCACGCGACCAACAUUGCGGCGCUCUACCCUCUGGCGGCGUGCGACCUGCGGGAAGUCGUCGAGCAGUACCACCUGCCUGAAGAAGUCAAGGUCGAGGCGGUUCGGCAGAUGCUCGGGGCAGUCGCGCGGCUUCACGCCCGCGGAGUCGUCCACCUGGACCUGAAGCUCGAGCACUUCCUCCUCGACAACCACGGCCACGUGUACCUCGGCGACCUGACCACCAGCGAAAAGAUCAUCGGAGCCGACGUGGAGCCGAGCAGCUGCGAAUUCGGCGCGCUGCCGUUCCUGAGCCCCGAACACCUCGCCUGCUGGGCCACCCAAGAGAAGAAGUUCUCGCCCACGAUGGCGACAGAUGCGUGGUCUCUCGGCGUCGCCAUCAUCGAGCUGUGGUGCGGCGAGACGCCCUUCCGCGUCCCCAACGCGCUGUGGAACAACGGACCGGUUGCCGUCGCCCAGUACCUGGAAGAACUCCUCAGACGAACCCAGGCGAAGAUCGACCUCUCCAGCUGCCCCGGAGGCGACAUCACGAACCCCGAGGUCAAACGCAUUGUGGCGGGCCUCCUGACGCACGAUCACCUGAAACGGUGGCUGCCUCUGGAUAUCCUCUUCACGUCCCCCUUGGUUGCCAACCGCGCCGUGGUGGGCAACGGCCCGUUCGGCAGAAACACGCAGGAGAACGAGCAGGCUCCUCCCGCGCCGCAGAGACACUGA